AUGGAUGAUGCACUGGGGGCUUUUGGUUGGACGAUCUACAACGCGCGUGCCAUUACAUACUACGUGGUUCUGGCGACCAUCAAGAGGGAGGAGGAACCGCAGAGGCUUAUCAUGGGAACGUGGCUCAUGAUCCUGCUUUACUCGGUAGGCACGUGUGCAAUCAAGCUGUCGUUUGCAGCAACUCUUUACCGCAUCGUGCAACACACAACGACGAGCAGGAGCAUUGUAGUAAUUGCCGGUGCAACGCUCAUCGUGACAAUCCCCCAGUUCGCGACGACUCUUUUCCACUGCCGCCCAGUCAGUGCUCUCUGGACGGGGCCCACGCCUGAAAACAAUUUUCAGCGUCAUUGCAACCCCGAUGCGCUCUUCCAAGGCAGCAUUCUGGUCCACAGCAUCAUGAUCCUAGUGGCAGACGUGGCCCUGGGGCUCGUGAUCCCAAUCCUUCUGCUACGAAAAACCCAGAUGCCGUUGGCGAUCAAGAUCUCGGCCGGCCUCACAAUUGGGGUGGGAUCAUUAGCGAGUGUUGCGACGGUGGCCCGGGUGGUGUACACCACUCUCCUCCUUAUGGGUGAUGCCGUGUUGGACCGGCUGGUCAUCUGGAUGGAUAUUGAGUUUGCGGUGAGCAUUAUCGGAACAGCCGCAACUACGCUGAAGCCACUGCUGUACAAGACAGGGAUCCUGCCCCAGACCGGCUUCAGCGCGGACCCGGACAGUGGCGUGGCGUAUCAAACACGCAACCUGCACAUCCGCGUUGAGGAGGAGGUGGCGAUCUGGAGCGAGGCAAUGGCCGAGGGGAUCGCCCUCCAGGAGCGGCCCAAGUGGGAAGCAGGAAGCGAGCAAGAGCGGGGUCGAGUUUGA